AUGACAGAUUCAAUAGAAGGACAGAAUAGAAAGAGAAAGCUUGAGAAAGAUGAGACUGAAAAAGAAAAAGAAGAAAACAUUUUAAUAUCAAAGAAAAUCCAUUUUUUGGAUGAACGAAAGCAGCCUGAACUGCUGGAUCUCGCUGACGAGUUAUUGAUUGAAAUUGCAAUAAAAUUAGACGGAGAAAGUCUGCAUAAUGUCUCACUGACAUGUUCGCAUCUAAAGAACUUGAUUCUUGACAAAAAGCUAUGGACAGAAGCAGUAUUUGCAUCAAAGGAUCUCGAUAUAUGGGAAAUUUUAAAAAGACUUAAGUAUUUGACUGUAGGAACUAAGAAGCUGAAGAUUCAAGGAGAUUCUAAAAAGGAUUUAAUGGAAAAACGUCCAUUAAAGAAUCGACAGACAUUUAAAGAAAUCAUUAAAAGAAUCAUGUUGCGUUCGCCAUUCAUCGAAAGUCUUCAUUUUCAUCAAAUUUGGUUCGAUUGGACACGCGAUUGGACUAUAACUAAAUUCCCAGCUAAUCUCAGGUCUUUAGUCUUUACUAAUUGUAUACUUCCAAAAGAUCGCAAUCGAAUGAGUCGUACAUUUAGUAAUAUAUUUGAUCACAUGCCGUAUCUUGAGGAAUUGAGACUAGAAUAUUGUAACUUUUUUGAGCCUAAUGAUCUGAUGCCACUGUCAAAAAUUCAGGAAUUAAAGAUAUUAAGUCUACGUGGCUGUAAGCGAUUUCGUAAUUGUGUUCCGUACAUUUCCUUAUCAUGUCGAUUCGGAUUUAAAAAGUUGGAAGUUUUAGAUCUUCGUGAGACGAACAUUAGCGAUAGUGAAGUGCAAUGUUUAAAUGCUCUAAAGACAUUAAAGGAACUAUAUUUGGAGCAUACAGAUGUAGAGUUAAAUGAUGAUGAUUCAGACGAUGAUGACGAUUUUCAGCAUUUCUUUCGUGGAAUGAGACGUAGACCGACUGAGCAAGUUCCUUUAAGAGAACCACAAAAUGAGCCACGACCAUCAACGUCUCGAGAUGUUGUUGUAUUAAAUGCCGAUGGAAUUCAACGUUUACGAAAUGAGGCACUUAAUCAGCCAUCAAACUCAUUACAGAAUGAAAAUCCAUCGACAAUGAGGGAAAUUGUCAUUAACACAGCUGAGAAUCAAAGUGCAGAGAAUGAGAAUGGACUUUCGAACUCAGUGAUUGCUGCUAAUAUUGAUGACAGUAACGAUAAUUCAAUUAGUGCCCCAUCUUCUCCAGAAAGCAUGUCCGAUUCUUUACCAUCGGAAUCGCCGACCGAAGAAGUGCAAUCAAGGACAAUAUUUAUUCAGGCAAACAUCACAGAGAAUCCUAAUCAAAAUGCUCGCUUACAAGUCAUCAUAAGUGAUGAUAUUCCGCAUGCAAGUAGGUUCUUAUCAUUAGCGAGAAAUCGUGAACAUCGCAUAUCAGCAUCAAUCAGUGAUCGUGGGAUGCUGGCUUUUGGAGUUCCGCGAUCAAACUUGAUGGGAAACUUGAUAUUUCUUGGGAAUCAGCAGGCAGAGACAGAAAGAAAUACACAUCUUGAGAGAAUUGUUUUGAGGAAUUUCAGGAACAUAACUGAUACAACGCUGUCACAUUUAGAGACUAAUGCUCCUCGAUUAUUGUUUUUGGAUGUUCGUGGAUGCUCGCAAAUUACAAGAGAUGCUGUGGAACGGUUUAAAUUAGUGCGUGGAUCUUGUCAGAUUAUGACGAAUUAUGAGAAUGAGGAAUGA